AUGGAAUUAUUAAUACCUAGUAUGAAAAAUGAUAAUUUUUUCGUCAAUUCAAAUUUAGUUUCCAACAGUCAAUUGGAUUUUUUGAAACUUAAUGAUAGUGAAUACUCCAUGGAUCCUUUUCAACCAGGAGUUCAAAGGAUCAAUCAUUCAGAAAGGAAAUCCGGUACAAACCCCGGGCUAAAUGAGCCAAAUUCUAUUAAUCCUAAUUCAAAUUCAAUUGCCAACCAUGACAUCAAUGCAAAUCCUAAUUCUGAAGCUUAUAGAGGUGAUUAUAUAAGGUCCGCUCAAGUUCCACAAGUAAUGUGGGAAUUCGAUGGAUAUUUUGAACAGCCAAUUGAUAUACUUGAUGAACAGUUUGACUUUGAUAUCAACAACCAAGUGCAAAAUUCUUCAAUAACCAAUUCGGGUCAUAAUCCUGUCGAUGGAGGUCACAGAUUAUCAAUUGCAGCUCAAGGUAUACAAGAACCAAUUAUGAAUAGACAAGGGAUACUUGGGAAUUCAAUAUCAGCUGCUCCUUUACCAACAAUAACAAGUCAAUCGCUUCCUAAUCAAUUGUCUAAUAAUACCCUUACCAACUCAGUUGUCAGUCCUAUAGGUGGACAUGCGGUUCCAUCUGCACAUAUAAGAUCACCUGAACAGCCAGUAAAUCAGUUCCCACAAUCAUCGGGGCCUUCUGAACUGUCUUCAUCAUUGCACGGAAAUAACACCGUGGCUAUUAACACACAAGGAUCAAUUCCUAUUCCAACUCAAACUACUACUGAUCGAGAAUAUUAUGGAUAUCCUGAUUUGACUACCAUGGUUAAUUCCAAUUCCAAUAUGGUUGUGCCAUUAGUAGAAUCAAGAUUCAUUGACAGGUCCAAAUGUUCAGUAUGUGGUAAAAAGAUUCAGAGAGAUAUGCAGAGGCAUAUGAGGACUCAUCAUUUGGAGAGUAGAUUCAUUUGCCCAUUCCCUUUAAAUCAAUGUAAUCAUAAAUCGAGAAAAUUCAACAGACCCUAUGAUUUUAAGAAGCAUCUUUUAAACAAACACUUCAAUUUCUUGGAUCCUUCAAUUAAGAGAUAUCAUAAUUUAAGUGACAAAUUAAACAAAUGGGGUUUUUGCAAUUGUGGUAAGAAAUUAUUGAGUAAUGACUGGUUAGCUCAUCAUAUUCUUAUCAAAGAUGAUAAUGAGAAAUGUGAACUUAUUAAGGAUAAUAAAUGA